AUGCUUGCCCGCCUCCGCACCACGGUUCUUCUCCUCGCUGCGUCCAUGGCGACUCGCGCCGUGGCCAACGGCAUCCAGCAGUCCGACUUUAGCGGCAUCGGCCACAUCUACGUGCUCAAGUCGGACAACUGGAAGUCGGCGACGCCCGAAUCCGUUGUUGGCUGUCUCGACACCGACGGCAAGUUCGUGGCGGAGAAAAGCACUUCCCACGAGUGCGCCGAUUUCUCACGCCUCGAAGACUUUCCUUGGACGCUCAGCACCGAACGCGGGAACUGCACGUUUGAAGACGCCAAGCAGGAAAAGAACACCGAUAGCUACUACGGCAAAGGCGAUCAUGCGUGGAGCUGCGGUGAGCGCGUGACGGAUAUCUACGAUGAGCUCUACACGAUUGACGGUUUCCCGUACGUUUUUCUCUGCUUCGGAGACGUAGCCUGCUACUACGACGCCAAGCGCACACCCAAAGACCACGAGGCGCUGCCCCUCUGGCCGUUCCGAUGGGGCUCCCACCAAAUGGGCAUCACGCCCGGCCACGUGCAGCUGCAGCUCAUGUGGAAGAAGAUUGGCGAGCUACCCAAGAAAUCGCUGGCGAGCGACAUGCUAGGACCCAGAGUCCAGAUUAGCGACCAAGUCCAGAUUCCUCUGCUGGGUAAGAAGGUGUCCGGUUAA